AUGGAAUCGAAUAAAGAGGUCAAGGGCCAAAAGCUCAGGAAGAAGUUACAGAAGGGUGUCGGAAGGCAAAACAGCAUCGCAAGCCGGUUCGGCUUGGGCUCGUCAAGCCAGACAACAUCAGCGUCGACGCCUAACCCGUCUGACACAUCCAGCAAUGCCUCUUCUACAAAACCCCGACUAUCAUUACCUGGUACCCGUGAUAUCAAGAAAAUUAAACAUGGUCGCCUACGGUCUCCUCCUCUCCCUUCCGACUUUGACUCACCUCGAGAACCGCCGCCGCCAGUACCGAAACUCCCUCGCAUCAUCACCGGUAAUUUUCCUCCGUCACCUAAACGGCCCAUUCUGUUGAGUCGUUCCGCUACAGAUACUUCCGCUGCUCGUGAGAAGCGACGACGUGCCAAGACACCUUUUUUGUCCAUCAGUCGACAUGACCAGGACAUUACCCCUCCUCCAGUGUCGGCUCCAAUUCGUAGUCUGGAGGGCCGGACUUCAAGUGUUGAUCUCAUUGCCGACCAGUACGGGGCUGUGCUUGGGGUCAGACGUCGCAAUAAUCAGCCAGAUAAACCUCCCUUUCCACGGCGAAGCGAGCACACUGGUGGGGAUUCCGGCGGUUAUGAGGAGGACGAUGAAACUGAUGGUGCAGAAAUGCUUCAAUAUUUACCCGCCAAGGCGUUCGUACCGCCAGCCGGCCGUCACAGUUCUGAGUAUGUCCGUCAUUCGGAACAUCAGCCGGGAUGGGGAGGGGAGCCUAAGCACCUCUCAACCAGGGAAUCGCUAAUUGCUCAACACUCCCCCCGAUCUGGGAAUGAUGCGGCAGCGACAAUAUCGCCAACAAGCACAGUGAUUUCUGAUGACGGGACACUUGUCUCGUGUGAGGAGGAGCCAAUGUACUUCAAGCCUGUUUCGUUUGACUCCGACUCGGGUCCCGAAGGCGAAGUCAAACUGGUAGUGUCUACGAAACCACCGGAGUUGACUGACGUCCCACCCUUUGUCGGACCCCCGCCGACAAAGCCGUUGCCUGCAACACCAAAAACCAGAUCACGUUCUGGGUCUAAACCCAUGUUGAGGCCACAACAGGCCGGUGAACAACUGGUCCGCGGCACCCGGGCUCAAUCUAGCCAGGACGACGUGGGGGAUAAUUUGAGCCUGCAGAUAUGCAUUGAUCUUCUGACGCGCGAGCUCUCGUCCGCAGUUAGCAUGGCACAGAGACGCUCAUCCUCACAACAGCAGGGUGAGCUCAGUAAGGGGACAGCAGCGCUGCAGGUGUGGGUUAUGAUAGAGGCGUAUGAGAGGUUGAGGGAGAGGCUUCUCUCUGGUGAGAGACAUUCGGAGGAGAGAAGCAAGCAGCUUGACGGUGUGUUCAACUUGUGGAUGAGAGCGUUGUACGGGGUGUACGAUGGGCUGGCAAAGGGCGAGGUCCUAUGGGGCGGCGUUGACUUGGCCGACGGGAAAAGUGGGUCAGUGGAACCAUCCUCAAACACGUUUGGCGCGUUUGCGUUUAUCCUUCGCGAAAUCAUUAUCGAAGGCAACGACAUGGACGAUGACGAUUUUGGAGCUGACGAAGAAUUUCUCGCCGCUCUUGCAGCAGUACCGCAACCACAACCGUCAGCGCCAGUUGGACAGCGGCCAUAUCAGCUCGCACCCAAAGUCCAGCAGCCUACUGCACAGCGGCUCGACAAGCCGCCUCAAUCGAACGCCGCUGCAUCAGCUACGUCUGCUUCGUCUGGACAGCAGCCUCCGAAAGUCACCCAGCCAAAGCCCCAAAACUUACCCUCGCGGUCAUCAGGGUCAACCAUUUUAGUCUCACCGCGGCAGAAGGGGAACCCGGUGCUGACCUGCCUGAACCUUAAGUAUCACCGGCUACAUCCCGAGUACAUUUACACGCGGAUUCGCAACCUACAGGGCAAGUACAACUUGCGCAUCCUGCUGGUGCUGGUCGACAUCCCGAAUCACGAGGACGCCCUGCGCGAGCUGACGAAAACAUCCGUCGUCAACAACGUCACUAUUAUUCUGACUUGGUCAGCUGCCGAGGCUGCCCGGUACUUAGAACUGUACAAGUCGUACGAGCAUGCCGGCUUCUCGGCCAUCAAAGGUCAGCAGGCGACUGGUUAUGCCGAGAGGCUGGUUGAGUUCGUGACGGUACCGCGCACUGUCAAUAAGGCCGACGCCGUUGCUCUGGUUGCAACGUUCGGCACCUUGAGAAAUGCAAUUAACGCGGACCCAGAACAGAUCUCCAUGGUCAGCGGAUGGGGCGAGAAGAAGGUGAAGGCCUGGUGCCGGGCUGUUGAGCAGCCGUUCCGCGGUGGGAGGAAGCCUACCAAGCGCAAGGCAGCAGUUAAGGAUUCCUCUAAGGAUAAAAGAAACACCGAAAUUCAGCAGCAGUCUGCUGAAGCGGAGCCAUUCCGAAGCUCUGAGAACUGCAUGCCCUCCAGUGUGUUGCUGGCUCUUCUUGCGACGGUUUAUGCUGCGCCUUCUAAGCUCAAGUCACCGGAGUAUCUUGUCCACAGCCAGCGAGCCGAGGCUAUUAAAGAAGCCUUCCAAGUCUCCUGGGACGGAUACUACAAACAUGCAUUUCCUCAUGACUCGUUGACACCACUCAACAACGCCUGGUGGGACGACAGUACGGCGAUUAUCAUGGAGAAAUGGGACGUGGUGGAACAAAUCCUGGAUUUCGUUCCGAAGAUCGAUUUUGACAGGAGCAAUACGGCAAAUGAUAUCUCACUCUUUGAGACUACUAUCCGCUACCUUGGCGGUCUCAUUUCGGGCUAUGACCUCCUAACUGGCCCAUUCGCUGAUAGGUUUAAGGGCGAUAGCCGAGUUGAUGCUCUCCUUUCCCAAGCCAAACACCUAGCCGACAACCUGAAAGUAGCAUUUGAUACACCUAGCGGCAUCCCAGAUAACAACCUAUACUUCUCUCCGCCACGUCGAGCUGGACGGGAGACAAACGGAUUGGCAACUACUGGUACCCUGGUCUUAGAGUGGACACGCCUAAGUGAUCUAACCGGUGACCCAGAGUAUGCUCAGUUGGCGCAGAAAGCGGAGUCCUACCUGUUAUUCCCAGAGCCCAAGGAUGUUGGAGAGCCGUUUCCAGGAUUGUUGGGUACCCAUGUGAGACUUUCGGAUGGCGAAUUCGUGGAUGGCAAUGGAGGUUGGGGCGCAGAGACGGACAGCUUCUAUGAGUAUCUCAUCAAGAUGUAUCUGUAUGAUCCGGAGCGGUUUGGGGAGUACAAAGACAGAUGGGUCAAGGCUGCGGACUCAUCCCUCAUCCAUCUCGUAUCGCAUCCGUCGAGCAAGCCAGAACUGACAUUCCUGGCUGAGUGGAGAGGGAAAGAGUUGAACUACUAUGGGCAACAUCUGGCUUGCUUCAAUGGCGGAAACUUCAUACUGGGCGGUUUGAUGCUCCUAAAUCAAUCGUACAUCAUGCUUGGCUUGGCCCUGACUGAUGGGUGCCAUGCGACUUAUGCUGGCACACCAACUGGUAUCGGACCAGAACUGUUUGGAUGGGAAGACCUGGUACGUACGCGAAAUACGUCACACAAUCCAGGACCGCCCGUUGAGCAAAAAGAAUUCUAUGACCGCAAUGGAUUUUGGAUCCGGAAUGGCCAGUACGCGCUCCGGCCGGAAGUCAUCGAGAGCUAUUACUAUGCCUACCGCGCCACGGGGGACCGUCGUUACCAAGAAUGGGCGUGGGACGCUUUCAAAGCGAUCAAUGCUACGUGCCGUGUGGGCAGCGGGUAUUCAGGUGUAACCAAUGUCGGUGCUCCAGGAGGAGGGGCGUUCAACAACUUUCAGGAGAGUUUUUGGCUUGCGGAGACUCUCAAAUAUAGCUAUUUAAUCCAGGCCGAGGUGGGUUUCUUUCCUGAAUACCUCGAGGACUGCGCUGACGACAAGCAGGACGGGCCGUGGGAUGUCAAAGCAGACAGGACGAACCAGUUUGUCUUCAACACUGAAGCGCAUCCGAUUCGUUUGGCUAAGGGCAAGGAGAGAUAG